UGAGCAGUGUAUCUGAAAUCUGACCUGAAUAACAUACGCUGGGAUUCUGCAACCACUUUGUGCCACUCAUCUUUCCCUAAUUAAUACCUAUCCUUCCCAAAAGGUUUAAUGUCAUCCCAGAAGGAAGUCAUGCAGUGCUGAUGAGACUCAUUGAGUGAAUGACCAUGAAUAGCAGAGAGUGCUGGGCAAUGGAAACAAACUGUUCAAACAUGACACCCUUGAGCCCAGAUUUUGCUGAGAAGGAAAACGUUGUAUGCAUUUUCGGAACAGGAGAUUACGGUCGAUCACUUGGAUUUAAAAUGCUUCAGAGUGGCUUCUCGGUAAUAUAUGGAAGUCGAAAUCCCAGUUCUGCUAGUUUGUUGCCUACGGGAGCCGAAGUACUAAGCCACAGUGAAGCAGCAAGCAAAAGUCACAUCAUCUUUGUGGCAGUUCAGAGAGACCAUUAUAGUUUUUUCACUAAGCUUAGUAAAGUCUUGCAAGGAAAAAUUGUAGUGGAUGUCAGCAACAAUUUCAAAAUAAACCAGUACUCGGAAUCAAAUGCAGAAUAUCUUGCUCAGCUUGUGCCGGCUGCUAAGGUAGUAAAAGCAUUCAACACAGUGUCUGCCUGGGCCCUGCAGUCAGGUACAUUGGAUGCCAGCAAGCAGGUUUUUGUAUGCUCAAAUGACAGCAAGGCAAAGCAGGCAGUUAUGAACAUUGUGCGUGCUCUUGGGCUUACUCCACAUGAUCAAGGAUCUCUUGCGGCCUCUAAAGAGGUAGAAAAUUAUCCUCUGCAACUCUUCCCAACAUGGAGACUCCCCUUGUAUAUUGGCGCGGGGCUCACAGUGUUCAUGUUUCUUUAUUGUGUGAUAACUGACGUGAUCUACUCUGCAGUCACUGAAAAAAAAGAUGCAUCAUUCCGCAUUGCAGUUUCCAUCCCCAACAAGGUCUUCCCAGUAAUGUCACUGAUACUGCUGGCUUUGAUUUAUAUUCCUGGUGUGUUUGCUGCAAUUAUUCAGUUAUACAGAGGAACCAAAUAUAAGCGUUUCCCCCAUUGGCUCGAUCGAUGGAUGCUGUGCCGGAAACAGCUGGGACUGAUAGCACUGUCAUAUGCAUUGCUGCAUGCAAUUUAUACACUCGUUAUUCCAAUUCGAUAUUAUGUGAGAAACAGGAUAAGCAGCAACAUCAUUACACAGAUUCGCAAAAACGAGACCAGCCCGUUUGAUAACACCAUUGCUUGGCGUACAGAUGCUUACAUUGCACUGGGAAUUCUUGGAUUCUUUUUCUAUGUCCUCUUGGGCAUAACAUCCUUACCAUCUGUAAGCAAUUCAGUCAACUGGAGAGAAUUUCGAUUUGUUCAGUCAAAACUUGGAUACCUAACCUUAGUGCUGUGCACAGGGCAUGCAGUGCUUUUUGGAUGGGACUGGUUUCUAAGCUUCUCCAAAUACAAAUGGUACCUUCCUCCGGCCUGCACACUGUCUCUUGUUGUUCCUUGCACAGUGCUGGUCUUAAAGCUCAUUCUCAUCAUGCCAUGCCUAGACAGAAGAAUCACAAAAAUCCGACAAGGCUGGGAAAAGUCUUCGGCAGCUGGAACAAAAAUCUGAAAAUGGUGAUGUUCCUUUACAGUGCAAAAUGUAGCAAUCCAAGUCUACAAUCAGACAAGUGAGUGAGUGAAGGUACAGCAUAUUUAGAUAUUCUGGAACAAGCAAGCUUAAGGUGAACUAUUGUGAAAAUGAAAAUUUAAUUUAAGCUUCCUAAUACUGAAGUAGAAAAAACUUUCUAAAUACAAUCAA